AUGAAGCAUUUUGCAGCUAUCUUUGUCACAGUCUUCGCUACUGGUGCGCUAGCAGACCUCCAUUACACAGGACUCUGCUAUGACUCGCCUGGUAAGGACGUGAAAGUCUUCAACAAGGCAGCAACGGAGAAGGCCUGCGCUUCUUACAAGAACCGCAACACAGGCAGCCAACAAUGGGACCAAUGUCCGGAUUGCACAGUACUAAGUGACCAAGACCUUUUGUACUACUGCAAGUCCGAGGGUCAGCACAUCGGAGGAGACGAACUAUCAUAUUACUGUGGACAGGCGGGUGCGGAUGGAAGUUUGGCGUGGUGA